GCUGAUAUGAUGAAUAUGACAAAUGUAUUAAGGAUAGUGUGACAGUUUGAGAAAUACUGAUACAAACUCUCUAUAAAUACAUGAACUGGUGUUGAUAUACAACUUUACCACAGGCUCUGAACCAUUUUGGCUGGUAAUUUGAAUGCUAUUACAUCCCCAUUUCAAAUGAAUCGCUGGCGACGGUCGGUGGGAGAGCUGCAGGCCAGGCGGCAGCAGGUGACUGAGUGCGAGCAGGCAUUGGCAGCCCUCAGCAAGGUGACUGCCUGCUUCCAGCAAAUGGCCUCCUCCCUGGGGAGCAACACGGACGGCAGUGGCCUCAGGGAAGAACUGGCAGAUAUCAGAGCAAUGGCUCACCGGAUCUACACGGGGUUGCAUAAAAGACUGAUAACACUGCUGACAGAAAUGGAACAAAGACAGGAGGACAGGGAGCAGGUGGAGCGCCUUUGGGUGUUGUUCCUGUCUAGCCUCGAGACCUUUCAGAAGGACCUUCAAAAAACCAGCUCCUUGCAGGAGCUUUUCCCGCUAACCCAGCGUCGUGACCGCAGCACUCUGAUAAAGACAGGCUACUCAGGGGGAUCAGAGGUCGCAGCUCGUGCAGCUACAGUUCAGACACCAUGGGUGUCUGGGGAGGAAGAACGAUGCCCCGACCUGCAAAAGCAAAUCUCAAGGAUGGAUUCUCUGCUACAGGAGAUGCUACAGACGGUGAACGUGCCCGUUUGGACAGUGGAGGCCACACAGGAGGCCUGGUUGGAGGUCGGGAAGGAAGAACACCAUGACGACGAAACACUGGAGGACUUGAUGCAGGUGGAAGUGAUAUCACAAGACAGCACCACUACAGGGUGCUGCCACCAUUUAAAUUGCAGGUUAGGCUGCCUACUCUGUUUAGUAAAUUAAAUGCAUUUUUUACCCCUGGUCAAGCAUUGGACCAAAUUUAAGUUGUCCGUAAAUAAACCAGCACUUGUUGUGGACAUUUUAAUAAAGAGGAAAAUAAAUACAUUGAAAAUACAAUAAAAUGAUAUGGCAGAUAAUGCUUUCCCCAACAGUCAAGCACAUACUCAAAAGUGAACAGAAUAUGAAGAAUAUUCAUACAUAGAAAAUAUUCAU